AUGUUUGUGACCUUGGGACCAAGCAACAGCAAGUCUCUUUCAAAACUCUGCUACAAUUUUUUUUUAUAUUUGCGCAAACGUCUCUUUAUUUUUAGCCAUUCGAGUGCAUCUUUGUUCAAAUUUCUUUCUUGCCCAUUUUUCCUUCAGCUUCUUUCGUAUUCUUCUUCACCUUAUUCUUCCUUCUUAUCCUUUUUAUUCUUCUUUCUUCUUCUUCAUUCUUCUUCUUUUCUUUUUUCUUUUUCGUCUUUCUUCUUCUUCUCGUCGUUUUUCUCUUUUUCCUCCUCCUUCUGGUUCUUCUUUUUUCUUCUUUUUCUUCUUCUUUUCUUCUUUUUCCACUUGUUCUUCCCUUCACUGUCUUUUUCAGUUUGUUCUUCUUCACGUUCUUCUUUCUUUCUUUCUUUCUUCUUUUCUUUUUCCUUUUCCACUUUUUCUUCUUCUCGUUCUUCUUGUAGACAUUAUUAUUCUUCUUCAACUUCUUCUUCUUCUUUUUCUCCUUCUUCGCAGUCUUCUUCUCCUUCCCCUUUUUUCUUCUCUUUUUCUUCUCAUUCUUCUUCUCUUCUUCACCUUCUUCUUCUGCUAUUUCUUUUUCUCCUUCUCCUCCUCCUUCUUUUUGUACACAUUAUUCUUCUUCUUCACUUCUUCUUCUUCGAGUUCUUCUUUCUUCUUUUUUUCUCCUUUCUUCUUCUCCUGGUCUUCUUCACGUUCUCCUUCCUUCUCUUCUUUUUCUUCCUUCUUCUUUUUUCUUCUUCAGCUUCUUCUUCUUCUUCUUCAGCUUCUUCACCUUCUUCUUCUUCCUCCUCUUCUUCUUCUCCUCCUUUUUUUCUUCUAUUUUCUUUUUCUUUUUCUCCCCACCUCUCACCACGCCACAUCCAAUAUAAGCUUUCUUUCUUUCUUCCUUUCUUUCUUUCUUUCUUCCUUCCUUUCUUUCUUUCUUUCUUUCUUCCUUCCUUUCUUCCUUUCUUUCUUUCUUCCUUCCUUCCUUCCUUUCUUUCUUUCUUUCUUCCUUUCUUCCUUCCUUUCUUUCUUUCUUUCUUUCUUUCUUUCUUUCUUCCUUUUUUCUUUCUUUCUUUCUUCCUUUUUUCUUUCUUUCUUUCUUCCUUCCUUUCUUCCUUCCUUCCUUCUUUCCUUUCUUUCUUUCUUCCUUUUUUCUUUCUUUCUUUCUUUCUUUUUUUUUUCUUUCUUUUCUUCCUUUUUUUUUCUUCCUUUCUUCCUUCCUUUCUUCUUUCCUUCCUUCCUUUCUUUCUUUCUUCCUUUUUUUUGGUCUUUUUUUCUUCCUUUCCUUUCUUCCUUCCUUUCUUUCCUUUCUUCCUUUCCUUCCUUCCUUUCUUCCUUUCUUUCUUUUCUUUCUUCUUUCUUUCUUUUUUUCUUUUCUUCCUUUCUUCCUUCCUUUCUUCUUUCCUUCCUUCCUUUCUUUCUUUCUUCCUUCCUUUCUUUCUUUCUUUCUUCCUUGCUUUCUUCCUUCCUUUCUUUCUUUCUUUUUUCUUUCUUCCUUUCUCUCUUCCUUUCUUCCUUCCUUUCUUCCUUCCUUUCUUCUUUCCUUUCUUUCUUCCUUCCUUUCUUUCUUCCUUCCUUUCUUUCUUUCUUUCUUUCUCCAUUAAGUGA